AUGGCGAAGCAGGCCGGCCUCGCGCUGGAGGCGAUCGCCGGCACCGGCCCGAACGGGCGCAUCGUGAAGGUCGAUGUCGAGCCGCACCGCCCCGUCGCCGCGGCGCCUGCGGCGGCGCACCGGCACCCGCCCGUGCCCGCCUACCGGGACGCGCCGGCGAGCACCAUGCGCAAGGUCAUCGCCCAGCGGCUCCAGGAGGCGAAGCGCGAGGUCCCGCACUUCUAUCUGACGGUCGAUUGCGCGGUCGACGCGCUGCUGGAGACCCGCGCGCAACUCAACGAGCGCUCGGACGCCUACAAUCUCUCGGUCAACGACUUCGUGAUCCGGGCCGCGGCGCUCGCGCUACGAAAGGUCCCGGCCGCCAACGCAUCCUGGGUGGAUGGCGCGCUCCGCCAAUACGGGAGCGCCGAUGUCUCGGUGGCGGUCGCGAUCGAGGACGGGCUGGUGACGCCCAUCGUGCGCAACGCGGACGGCAAGGGUCUGGCCGAGAUCUCCGCCGAGGUGAAGGAGCUCGCCGGACGCGCCCGGGCCAAGCCGAUGGGUCUUGCGCCGGAGGAGUAUCAGGGCGGCACCUUCAGCGUCUCCAACCUCGGCAUGUACGGCAUCAAGGAAUUCGCGGCGAUCAUCAACCCGCCGCAGUCGAUGAUCCUCGCCGUCGGCACCGCCGAGCAGCGCCCGGUGGUCAAGGACGGCGCGCUCGCCAUCGCCACCAUGAUGUCGUGCACGCUCUCGGUCGAUCACCGGGUGGUCGAUGGCGCCCUCGGCGCCACGUUCCUGCAGGCGUUCAAGGGCCUGAUCGAAGACCCGCUCACCAUGCUUCUCUAG